AUGCCCAUGUACGCAUUGGCUACAGUACCCAUCAUCAAGAGAUUACAUUCCCUCUCCGAAGACAUUGAUCAGGUGUGGUAUGCGGAUGACGCCGCUGCAGGGAAAAUUGUCAGAUUACAGGAAUGGUGGACCAAUCUUUCUACACUAGGUCCCAAGUUUGGAUACUUUCCAAACCCCCAAAAAACAUGGCUUGUCACCAAAGAGAAGCACCUUUCCUCAGCUACAACCCUCUUUGCUAACACUGGAGUGCAAGUCACCUCGGAGGGCAGACCAUACCUAGGGGCCGCACUUGGCACUGAAGAAUUUGUCACCUCACACGUGCAAGACAAAGUUGGAAUGUGGUCUAAGGUUCUGGAUAAGCUAACUGUGGUCGCAGAAACACAACCACAUGCUGCUCAUGCUGCUUUCACUCACGGUCUCUCCAACAAAUGGUCAUACCUCACACGUACCAUCCAAGGCAUUGGAAACCUCCUAGAACCGCUGGAAUCAACAAUCAGAAUGAAACUUUUACCCACCCUGACGGGUCAACCACCCCCAUCCGACGAAAUGCGUGACCUCCUAGCCCUACCAGCGAGAUUGGGCGGUAUAGCAAUAAGCAACCCCACUGCUGUGGCUGAGGCAGAAUUCUCCGCUUCCACCAAAGUUGCUGGCCCCCUUAAGAACACCAUCCUCCAACAAAGCUUCGAGUAUGCCACAGAAGUAGCCGAGGCUCAAGUGAAAGCCAGGAAUGAGGUCCGCCGAUCAAAUCGGGAACACUGUAAACAUACAGCGGACACCCUGAAGCAAUCCCUUUCUACCACUCUAAAAAGAUCUAUGGACUUAGCACAAGAGAAAGGCGCUUCUAACUGGCUCACCUCCCUCCCCAUCCAAGAAUUUGGAUUUGCCUUACAUAAAGGAGCUUUUCGAGAUGCCCUCUCACUUCGCUACAGUUGGCAACCAUCAGGAGUCCCCUCAUCUUGUGCAUGCGGCAAACAAUUCUCAGUCGAUCACGCUCUGUCAUACCCUAAGGGCGGUUUCACCAUCACCAGGCACAAUGAAAUAAGGGAUUUAACGGCCAACCUACUCACUGAAAUUUGCAGUGACGUCUGUGUAGAGCCUGAACUACAACCUGUAAGUGGUGAAGAACUAAUCGGGCUGUCAGCAAAUGUCCAAGACGGUGCCAGAUUAGACAUUGCGUGUAAUGGCUUCUGGGGUGGGCGCUUUGAACGUACAUAUCUAGAUGUACGAGUGUUUAAUCCCCAUGCAAAAUCAAACCAACACACCAACUGCUACAGGAAGCAUGAACUUGAAAAGAAAAGACAAUACGAACAACGCGUCAGAGAUAUCGAACACGCCUCAUUCACUCCUUUGGUGAUGUCAGCCACAGGUGGUAUGGCCAACCAGGCCACUGUGUUCUACAAAAGGCUUGCCUCAAACUUGGCAAUCAAAUCUAAUGAAAGCUACAGUAGAACACUGUCCUGGCUAAGGAGCAGAAUUACAUUCUCUCUCCUACGCUCUGCCAUUCAGUGCAUCAGAGGAUCCCGCUCCAGUCGUGGACAGCCAGCCAGGUCCCAGAAUCACCCCUCAGCGGACCUGGCCAACUCGGAACUAAACUUCAAUGAAUAAAUACAUGGUUUUAACUUUUACAUGACUUUAGUUUUUGCAUUACAUUAACCCUGUCCUCA